AAUAACCGCAAAAAAGCCGGAACAUAUUUGCUGUUUACAAUUAUUUGCCUGUUUAUGUAUCUAAAACUAAACGUAACGACUCCAGGAACAUACACCGGGAAUAAGCCCUGGAGUCCAUCGCCCAGAUGCAAGAAUUCUGAACAAGACUUAAACCAGAUGGUUCAACUGACAUACAAAGUACAUGCAAUAUUAGAAAAAAUGGCGAUCGAUUGCUGGCUCAUGUACGGCUCUUUAUGGGGACCUUUACGAGGUAUCGAGGGUCCCCUCCCGUGGGACGACGAUGUUGAUCUUGCUAUUAAUGGCGAUGGUCAAUUCAGCCAAACGUCAUUUGAAGAAUUCAAAGCCAUCUUUAUGGUUCUUGGGCUGUCCGUGGAAAACAGACUGUGGCAGAGUUCGCUAAUUGUUAUCUCUGAAGGAGCCCAGUGGCCAUCACUGGAUUUGUUUGUGUUUUAUAAUUAUAAUGGCAUGAUGAGGAGACCUGGUAUCGAGUCCUGGUUGAUACCAUUCAACUACAGACUUUAUCAUACAUUUCCUACUGACUUAGUCGAACAACCCUUGCCUAAAGUGAAGUUUGGAUUCUUUAAUAUCUCAGUUCCCAGAAAUGGCAUUGAAAUCAUGAAACAUUUGUAUCCGUAUAAUUGGUGGAAAGUAGUGAGACCGAUAGGUUGUGAUAAUUAUCAGACUACUUAA